AUGAGUUCUCAAAGCUACGGCGGUAACCAGGGUGGUUAUGGCUCAUAUAACCCAUAUGGCCAGGAACAACAGCCCAAUCAGUACGGAAACCAAGGUUAUCACCAGAACCCCUAUGGUCAGGCCGGUGCCAUGGAGCAGGGUAACGGGAACUACGAGAUGGGGUCUUAUGACCAGCAACAACCAGCCGAUGCGACCACCUUGUUGAAUAAGUGCAGGGAGAUUAAUGAUGGAGUCGCGGACCUACGAGCCAAGCGUGAGGGGCAGCUUGUGGCUGCACAGAAUGCUAUGCUCGACUCCAGCAAUGUGAAGGAGGAUCAAGUUUCUCGCCAGACGCUGGAUUACAUCGAAGACGAGCUUAACAAUGGUUUCCGUUACCUCCGUGAUCUCCUGAAGAAGAUCAAGCAAACUCCUGGCUCCGGGGACAGCCGCGUACAGACCCAGAUCGAUAACACAAGUCGAAACAUCCGUCGUGAGAUUGAGCAAUACCAAAAGGCUCAGUCGGAUUUCCGGAAGCGGUUGACCGAGCAAGUGCGCCGUCGGUACGAGAUAGCUAACCCGGAGGCCUCUCCCGAGGAUGUUGAUCAGGGUGUUCAAAAUGUCCUGCUGGGCCAAGAGCAGAUGUUCCAGGUUUCUGGUAGCCGCACUGGACAGGCCAAUGACGCCAGGAAAGCCGCAUUGGAGCGGUCUGCGGCGAUUCGGAAGAUUGAACAAGAUAUGUCGGAACUUGGUCGGCUAUACCAGGAAGUGGCGGAGCUUGUACACCAGCAAGACCCUGCUGUAGAGCAGAUUAAUCAAGGCGCUGAGGAUGUCGCUGGAAAUGUCGCACAAGCAAACACCCAAAUUUCGCACGCCAUUGAUAGUGCACGUCGCGCAAGGAAGUGGAAGUGGUAUGCACUGCUUAUCAUCAUUCUUAUUAUUGCGAUCGUUGUUGGUGUUGCUGUUGGUGUAACCCAAGCCAACAAAUAA